AUGGACUCGCAGGACUUGGACCCUCAGGCCAUGACGUUGGAGCGGGUGUACGGCGUGUCGACGUCGGUCCGCGGGGGCGCGAUCAGCCUCUCGACGCCGGGGCGCAACGCAGUGUGUUACAUUGCCGCGCACACCGCGAUCCUGCACGACUGCGACACGGGCCAGCAGACGCCGCUGCAGGGCCACUGCAACAGCAUCUCGUCGCUCGCCACGAUCCCGGACCGCUCCGUCGUCAUCACGGCCGACAUAGGCCCGGAGUCCCUCGUGGUGAUGUGGGACAGCCUCUCCGGGCAGCCCAUCUUCACCAUGCCGGCGCCGGGCGAGGGCGGCACGCGCACGGUCGACGUGUCCAACGACGGCGCCUACAUGGCGCUGCUGACCGCGCAGCCCCCGGCCCGCACGGCUGCGGACGCGGGCGCGCCGGGGAAGGGCGAAGCGGGGCCCUGCCAGCAGCUGAUCGUGUACUCGCUGCUGAACGAGGACGGCGAGCUCGCGGAGCCCAAGGUGGUCGCCGCGGGCGACGUGCGCGCGAGGAGCCCGCACCGGUGCGUGCGCUUCAACGCGGCGGGGACGCAGCUGGUGACGAACUCGCGCGGGGAGUGCACCUUCUGGGCGGUGCACGGGUCGAAGUGCCUGCCGUUUCCGACGUCCGCGGGCGAGGACCGCGCGUACAGCGCGAACGCGGAGUUCACGGUGUCGAACUUCAUCCCCGCGACGGACAUGGCGGUGACGGGCACCGUGGAGGGCGACGUGAUCGUGUGGGCGUCGUGGGACGGCGCGCAGACGGUCCUGCAGCGCCGCGCGCUCAAGAUCAUCCGCCUGCACUACAGCGCGAUCACGUACAUCGCCACGUGCGGCGACAUGGUGGUCACCGGCGGCGGCGACGGGUUCGUGCGCUUCUUCGACCCGAAGAUGCGGCUCCAGGCGUGGUUCGAGGAGGUGUCCAAGGGCGCGAUCACGUCCGUGAGCUUCGCGGCGCCCACGGACGGCGCCCACGGCCACGGCGACCCCGCGCUGCCGGAGGACCCCUCGGGCGUCAGCGCGAGCACCGAGGAGGUGUCGCUGAACAAGUUCCACGCCCCAGACUUCAUCGUGUGCACGGCGCAGCACUGCAUCGUCUCGGUCCACGCCGCGGGCUUCAACAGCGAGACGGGCGGCCCGGAGCCCACGACGAUCGUGCAGGGCAUCACGGGCACCGUCGCGGACGUCUGCGCGCACCCGCACGACCACUUCAUCGCCAUCGUCAACACCGCGGGCCGCCUCGAGGUCUGGGACACCGCCGCCGACGCCCUCGUCCACUCGUGCGUCCUGAAGGACACCGUGCCGACUCGAGUCAAGUACUCGCGGAAGGGGGGCGUCAUCGCGGUCGGCGGCGCCGCGGGGCACCUCGCGAUCCACGCGUCGAGCGACCUGCGGCGCAUCUGCCUCCUCCGCAACACGCGCGCGUCGAUCGUGCACCUGGACGCCAACGCCGGCGGCGACCAGUUCGUCGUCGGCGACGGCGCGGGGUGCGUGUCGCUGUACUCGCACGAGCGCGUGCGCGGCGUGCUGUCGUGGGAGCACAUCGGCAAGUACCGCGCGCACGAGGCCGGGCUCGCGGGCGUGGCGUUCUGCAAGGCGCAGGGCACGGAGGAGAGCUUGGUGUCGGUGGGGCGCGACGGGAGCAUGGCGGAGUACGACUUGCUGAAGAGCACGACGGCGACGGGGCUGAAGAUGUCGCGGUUCCACACCGCGGCGAAGGCCCCCGGGCAGCCCGUGGCCAUCACGGUGCCGCGCAAGGCGGCGUGGCUCACCGAGGGGCACGCGGGCGUGGCCGUGCUGUGCGCGGACGCGACGAUGAAGCUCCGCGUCGUCGACCUCGCGCGCCGGUGCAACCGCCUCACCGUCCUCGGACCCACCUUCGGCGGAGUCCCACAGCAGCUCGUGUGCUUCCAGGCGGGCGCGGAAGGCCCCCCCGCGGUGGCGUACUCGACGGGCGACCGCGUGGUGGGCAUCGCCGCGGGCCCGCUCGACGGGUGCCCCGAGCGCAGCAUGGGCCUCAUCGCGCACCCCGGCCCCGUCGCGGGCAUCACGGUGUCGAACGACGGGCAGUUCCUCUUCACCGCCGCCGCGGGCGACCCCGUGGUCAACAAGUGGCGCGUGCACGCCGACGUGCUCGCGGGCAUGGCCGCGAACCGCAAGGGCGUGGAGCGCUGGGCCGCGGCCCUCGAGGGCGGCCUGCAGGGGGAGCUGUACCACGAGAUGGUGGACUACUUCUACCUGUGUCAGGUGAUGAGCGAGGGCGGCGGGCAGACCGAGCCGCGGCACAUGAGCAUGCGCGUGCCGGCGAUCGAGGUCCCGGACAUCAUGCGCGCGCUCGGCGUGUACCUCACGAAGAGCGAGGAGCAGGACGUGAUGGCGGAGGUCAUUCUCCUGACGGGCGCGCAGCACGCCGACACCGCGCACGUGGGCCUCGAGGACCUGAUCCAGCUGUACGUCAACCACCGGCCCGUCGCGAGCGUCCAGGCCGAGGAGAUCAAGUCGGCCUUCCUCGAGGCCUGCGAGCGGCUCGCGGGGCAGGCGCGGCGCGGCGCGGGCACGCCGCCCGGCACUGCCAACAGCGUGAGGUCGCGCAUCAGCAACUCGCUCAAGAACGAGGACGACGAGGAAGGCAGCGACCUCGGCGAGCUCGAGGAGGGUGCGCUGGAGAAGGAGCACCUGCACGAGCUCCUGACCAAGUACGGGGAGCCCUUGACGGAGGAGGAGAUGCUGGUGAUCGGGGAGGCCCUGUUUGGGAUGUCGUCGCUGGAGGAAGCGCUCCCGGACCGGAUAGGCCCGAGGCAGUUCACGGAGGAGUUCCUCGGGUUCGAGGUCGGAGAGGAAGGGGCCGCGUGA